AUGGAGAAGUACUCCCAGUAUCGCGACAGAGGCUCUGGCAUCGCACCUUUCUUCCCAAUCCCGGCAGCGUCCUCCGGCAUCAACCUCCCCCUCCACCUCUUCCUCUUCAGCGUCCGCAUCUUCUUCCUGAUCCCCGCCUUCAUCUUCUACUUCGCCUUCCUCUCCUGGCUGCCACUCAAUGCCCUGGUCAAGAAAGGCGCGCUAUGGAUUCUGCUGGGCAUACCCGGCAUCUGGUGGGUAGACCUGCAAAUCGACGGCGUCCGGCGCGGUAGCCUGGGGAAGAGCGGCACCAGCAGACGGCUGCCGCAUCCCGGCACCAUCAUCGCGAGCUCCUUCACCAGCCCCAUUGACAGCCUCUACCUCGCCGCAAUCUUCGAUCCCAUCUUCACCGCCUCGUACCCCAACACCCGCUUCGUGCAGCGCAUCACUCUCUUCCAGGCGAUGGUGCGCGCGCUACUCCCACCAGAGCCGACACCGCCUCGCGGCGCGAAACUGACCUCGCUCUCCGCGCUCGUUGCUGAAAAUCCGGGCGCUACGAUCGCUAUCUUCCCGGAAUGCACCACUACCAAUGGCCGCGGUAUCCUGCCCUUCAGUCCCGCGCUGCUGAGCGUGUCGCCCAAGACCAAAAUAUUCCCCGUAAGCCUGCGAUAUACGCCCGCGGACAUUACGACGCCGGUUCCAGGGACAUACCUGCAGUUCGUGUGGAACCUGUGCAGUCGGCCCACGCACUGUAUACGUGUCAGAAUCGCCGAGGCGGUCUACAAUACAUCCAAGACGAAGAGCCAGUUCAGCGUUGGCGCAGGUAGUGGCGCAGAUCAGCCGGCGGUGAAAGCGAGGAAGAAUUCAUAUCAGUCGAAUUUCUUCGAUGAGUUGCAUAUAGGGGAGAAGGUCAGCAGCUCGGACACGCUGGGAGGCGAGAGCGAAAGCGACGAGGGGCUUGGGGCAGAGGAGAAGAGGGUGCUGGAGCGCAUUGGAGAAGACUUGGCGAGACUGGGAAGAGUCAAGCGAGUGGGAUUAGGUGUCAAGGACAAGCAAGAGUUCAUAAAUGAUUGGACGCGGAAGAGACGGUAG